GAAAACGGCUCAGGAGGUGCCUGGUCGGUCGGGGUUGGUGUCGGGGGAUUCCGCAGUUAUGGAUUCCCUUCGCGAGCAGGUCAUGAUCAAUCAGUUCGCGCAAGCAGCCGGCUGCGCGAGGGACCAGGCCAAACAACUACUUCAAGCUGCCCACUGGCAGUUCGAGACGGCGCUCAGCGUUUUCUUCCAAGACGCGGCCGUGCCAGGCUGCCACCCGGCGGGACACUUUAGCUCGAUGUGCACGCCCGCCAACACGCCGGCAACGCCGCCCAACUUUCCAGAGACGUUGCUGUCGCUGUCCAAGCUCUCGGCCGCCACCCCUCCAACAGCGCCCAGCCCCGUGCAGGGCUCCGCACUGCAGGGCGGUUACCAGGGCUGCAUGGGAGCGCCAAGCCAGUACGCUCCACAGCGGAGUGGGGGUGGUGGCAUGCCUUCUCACUCUUCCCAGGGCCGCUGUUUCCCGGCGAGCACGUCACCUUCCUCGUCCUCCAUGGAAGCUCAACGAUAGAUCGUCCUUCGACGUGGAGAAAACAGCCUGUCCCCUCAAUGACACGGAAGAGAAUGGGCUUGCGCCACACCGAUGGGGCACGUGCUCUGCGCAGCUUCGUCGCAGUCCACGAGUGCGACAGAGCGCAUGUCCGGACAUUCGAUCGGCGAUGCUGCAUGCGCGGAACAGGGUGGGGUUGUGAAUUGAGGGGAUCGGCAUUGAGGUGCGGACAUUUCGGAAUGGUAAUUGCUGAGAGUUGAAAUGGCGUGCUUUUGGUUUGGAAGGAGGUCUCUGCGUGCGUAUGUGUGGAAAUCGUGUUUGGGACAGGGCCCUCCCAAGGGUUGGCCGUGUUGUACUGGUUACCUUUUCUUUAACACCAUUCAGUCUCCAAUGAGCUCAAUUAGGGUUUCACUUCACAUGGCAUUGCAGCUGAGGACUGAGGGAGAACCAUGUGGCCAAGUGAAGUCGUGGCACAGCAGUUUUUCAAAACUCUCGUCGCCUAUCAACAAGACGAAAAAUGUGCCGAGUAUGGUGUUGGCAAUCAGCUGAAUAAAGGACGAAGAAUUGUCGUUUGCUGGUCACUGACAAGAUUUAGAAUUGCUGUGCUAAAGAUUGCUUUAGGUACAACAUUCGAGUUGUAGUUAAAUUCAUUGCCUAUUUUUAACAGGAUGAAUUGGAAUGUCUAAGUACACACCAUAAUUUUGAGAGAUGGUUGACUAUCCAAGUUUGGUGUUCUGACAAUGGUGGUUCGUAAUAGCGGAUUUGUAGUUUACUGUAAUGUGGGCUGCAGAGAAUUGUUUUGCCUCUCGUAACUGGUAAUAUUCUAAAUGGAUUUCACGUAAACUUUCCAUCAAGUGUUGACGAGACCAGAAAAAUCUGUGCUUUCAAAAGCCUUUCGGAAGCACCAUUUGUUUAACUGCACCGUACUAUGGGUUCAAACCAUGACAGUACCAUCGUCAGCUGAGGCGCUUUCUACUUACGUUCAUUUCGGUUGCCUGUUAGUAAAAGCAUGCAGCCUUCUGCAAAUGUGCACCUAGUGCAUUGUCAUGCUCACAUCGGUGCGUCAUUGAAAGCGCAGACUUUUCUCUUGUCUUCUAGAAUCGAUAGUUGUUGAGAUCCGACACCGAGAAAGUAAUUCAAGUACUCUUGGUUAUAGUUAGUGUGGGUAAUGUGGCAGCUACAGCCAGAGCUUGAAAGCAAGGUGCUUCUCAUAGGAUGUUUUUCACUGCUCACACUAGACUGCCUUGGGCAAUGCUUUCAGACAGCAUUAGUAUCGCCAACAUAUUGAGCACUGACGGGCAGUUCGAGCUGUCAAAUCAAAAGGAUAUGCCGUGCCGUACGUCUUGCAUUUUGCUGGUGGCCUACAGAUGCCACCAUCUGCAGUAGUAAAAACUUUAACCCACUGCGGCCAUAUGAACCACUCCAGUCGCUCAGUGUCCCAUGCUGUUCACAUUACUCGGAGACUUUUAAGGAAGGAAGGCCAGGCGGGAAGCACCAUGUGUUGGAUGUGGAGGCUAGCGCCAUCGAGAGCGCUUGUGAGUGUGUUUGUGUCGGAAGAAAAGUGGCGUGUAACCAGGGUGCAUGUGCUUGUUGGAAGGUUCGGUAGAAGGCCAGACUCCCAUCUCACCCCACCCCUUGUCCCCAUUCUCAUCCCCUAUACCUUUUUUAAAGCAAACUGAAAAUUUCAGUUCGUCAUUUUCUAGGAUUGUGCAGAAGGGUGAUGUCAUUGAGUGCCCUUAGAAAAGGAAUAAGAGAGUGGCACCACAAUGCCUGGCCUUUUAUUUCGUUUCCGUUUAUUGGCGGAUGUGUGAUUGGUCGGGUACACGUCUCUGCAAUGAAAAAACGGCGACAUAAAAAUGUUGUGCAUUCUUUUUUUUUUAGUUUUGCCCUCGUGUGUGCAUCCAGUUUUUCAAGUGACAAGACAAGUGUACUGUCACUUCCCUUUCGGGGAUGCAAUCGCUUUUACGGGCUUUGCACCGGACGUCCUUGCUAUGGUGUGUGACAACGUGUGUAGACUAUGCUGUAACGUUGAUAUUACACCAAAAAUGUCACAUCUAGGUGCUGACCGUGCAAGAGUGGUUGCAUCCCUCAAAGUGAACCUGUUCUCAACUUUCUUUUUUCAUGCGAAUUCAGAAUCUGUUUGCAACAUUAUAAAAAAGCUAGAGGUGCUGUUGUGCCUGAGCGAUUUCGUUUGUUUGUUUUACCUGGAUAGGAUUGCUGUGCGUUUAUUUGUAAGCCCCCUUUUUGUGAAGGAAUUGUCGACGUGGAGUGCGUGCGUGGCUUGCUAUUUCGUCUGUAGUGCGUUGGCCCCUGAACGUUCUAGUGUGCGACAGUUGGGACGUUUGCUUUUUGUAGCCUACUUGCCAAAGCGUGGCUGGACUUGUGAUAGAAAGUUGGCUCGUAAACUUGAAGCUGCUUGUUGCCGAGCUAUUGAGCAAAGCCUCCCAGUCAUGCCACCUCGCUGUGAAAUGUGACAUGUCUUGUUUGCCUAUGUUUAAGUAAGUUGCCAGGGGCUAGUUCGACUGGAAAGCUACUUUAUUAUUGGCUUCUCUGUCUCCAUCCCGUGAAUCGAAUUUUUAAGGCUCACGUUUAUUCACUAUUGUUGGCCCGAUCAUUUACUGGAAUGUCUGUGCACACUUUGAACAGCUGACAGUCACCUUUAUUUAUCAUUUCUUUUUCAAGCUAUUUAGAUUCUCGCAUUGGGCAGUGGCAAACGCCCACGUCUGCACGUCGACCAUGUUUCUUGCAAGUGACUGUGUUUCGUUGGACUGGAACGACUUAUGAAACGGUGGCUCGAUAAAAUUCUUAUGCUCCUCAACGUGUUUGUCUCCGCCAUCAAUGUAGCUUUUGGGGGGUUUUGCCGUAUUGUCGUAAUCAUGGAGCUUACUAGUUUCAAAUGACGAGAGUACAGCUCUUUAUCUUUUUUUUUUUCCCCAACCUAAGGCAUGUUGCAGAGUGGCAAGCAGCUUUCUGCGGGUUUUUCUUUUCCUCUCGAUUGGAUGGCGCUCGAAGAGUGUUAGGGGUCGCUCACCGCUCGCCAACAGAGUUGCUCACUCGUUGGUCUAUUUUAGUUUGAUAUGUCUAUUUUUCUCGCCUAGUCCUUACGAUUUCUCGCAGAAGUUCGUGCGCCACUCCUGAACCCAGUGGUGUUGUCUAUUCUCUGUGCUAGUGGUAGCUUGUUGUGCUGGAUGAGCUUCAUUAGAGAAUCCCAGUGGCUCAUUGCAUAUUCUAUGUUACUCAGCAGCUUGUUCUGUAUUGAAGGUUACCCACUGCUCUUGGUAUGUUCAGCAAGUUGUUGCAUAUCCAAGGUACCCACAGCUUUUGGUAUAUGCAACAGGUUUUGCAUAUCCAAGGGUACCCACAGCUCUUGGUACAUGCAACAGCUUGUUGCGUUACAACCAUAGCAAACCAGAGCCUUUUUUUGGUUAACCUUCCUGUCUUUCCUUUAUCUUUCUGUCUCUCGUUGUGUAUCCAAGGUUACUCAACAGGUCCUGAUAUACUGAACAGCCUUUUGCACAUUCGAUUACCCGACAGCUCUUAGGGUGAUCAUCUUAUGGCCACAUGGGUGCAUUUCAGCUGCUUAAUGCAUUGCCAAAGUUUUGCCAUCUGGAAUUGGGGAUUUUUGCUCUUUUUAACAAAAAGGCAGCGAUGCCCGCACUUUAAAUAUACCCCCUAUUGAGAUAAAAACUCUGAAAUGCUGUUAUCGAACAUGAAAGGUUUCGGUUUUCUCAUUAUAGUGCAUCGAAGUAAUCGUAAGACACCCUAUUAGUUGGAGGUCUGCCUUCGUGCAUUGCAGUUUUGAAAAUGGAAUUGAGUGUGGCCAGAUUUUCAAUGGCUUGUCCUUUGGCUGAGAAUUCCUGAAUUCGAAUUCCUCAGCAUCUGUGUAAUGGCAAAUGAUUGCGCUCAAGUUUGCACAAACUGUGAGGUCCCUAAAAGAUUACUGCAUGAGUAACUUCAGGACUGAAGACUUCUUUUUAGAGCUUGUGAAGAGGGAGACCUGCAUAGCGCGACUUGUGAACUUUGGUCAAAAUGGUGCCGUGACUGCACUGAUUGGCCAGUGGCUAGAUUGACCCGACUCCCCCCGGUCGAAAUGCGGGAUUCUGGUCUCGCCCUGUUACUUUCCAAUGUCUUCAGUAUUCUCGUGUGCUUAUGUGCCUUCGAGCUAUUGACAACCAUGACGCGCAGCUCUUCAAAGAAACUCGUUGUGUUGCUCGCAAAUCGUCUCUUCAGCUGGGUUUGUUGCGAGGUUUUCAUAACCUUUCCAGGGCAAGUCCGGGGCGUAAGAAAGUGCUGUUCAUACUUAGAUGUUUUUUGGAGUAACUGUGGACUUACUUGCAUGAAUGGGUGUUGAAAAAAAAUCGGUGGAUCUAUGUGAGAAGCAAUAUUGUGUGUCUCGAUAUCGACAUUAUCUAUAUAUGUAUUAUGAUAUAUACAUAUACAUUCGCAUAGUGGGCGUAACUGGCGGGAUUCAGUUAUAAAAUGAGUAUAAUUGACCACCACCUCAGUGAUGCAGAUAUUUUAUUGAGCUGAACUCUCUAUUUUGUGUCCAGUGAAACAUAGUCAUGCCGUAUAUAUAUAUAUAUAAAGUGACUGCUACGUGACAGUUUGACUGUUUUAACCUUUUUUUGUUUCUAGUUUUUGUUAUUGACUCUAUUUAGAGUCCAUGCUAGGACAAGGGUAUGUUGUGCCGGUACUGACGUAUGCACGAGUGUUCAUUGACUGAAUAAAGUCUUGUCACCAUCAACUU